UUCCACCUACAUCUAGGUCUCUGUAGUCUUUUUUCAUCUGGCUUGGUCACUAGAAGACGAAAUACAAAAUUUCAUUAGAAUCACAGAUGGUCAUGAAAAUUCUGCCCUUAAACCGUUUACUUGACAUUGAAUGACCCAUGUAUUUUUUGUAGGAAUUGUUCAGUGUUUAAAUUUAAUUGUGACAGAUUGGUGUACAGGACCCCGUAAUGCACUGUAUGGAAUUAGGGUCUUUAUAAAUAAGUGAACAGUUUGAAGCCUCAUCAAAACCAUUGUUUAAAUUUGAACUUGAUAUUUUGGGUGCUUGUAGACUAGAUUUGUCUGCUUUAUGGAGUCUUUGUACUGUAGGUACUAACAGUUUGGGGGCUGGGCCUUUCUAUAUUCAUAUCAUGUAUAAUGUAAAAAUAUUAUGCCAUAAAGGAAGUACCCCAAUCAUGUUUGAGAAGUUAAUGAAAUUCAGCAUCUGCAUAAAAAUACACAAGAAAGUAUGACAACAGUUUUAUCCUGUAUAUAACCAACAUUUUAAAGUGUGCAUCAUCUGCAGCAUGUGUAUAAGUUUCAAAGCAGUACAGUGAUUUUCCCCCCCACCUCUGUGGAGAGAAGCACAAUUUAAGGAAAUUGUAAGGUCCUAGAAAUUACACAAUUUCCGUUUUCUGGUUUUAUAUCCGUUGUUCCAACUUAUAAUUAUUGUAAAAUGAAUCUAUCAUGUAGUUGUAAUUGCGCAUCAAGUAUGACUUUCAGUAGUUUGUUAACAUUCUAAGGAAUACUGAACAGAUUUGAAAAUUAAAAUUACUGUCACCUGCAUGGGAAGCUUUGAUUGCAGUCUUCUGGGUUGUAACUCGAUGUAGUCUUUGGAGGAACAUGCUGCCUUUAUCAUGAUAGUAGGAGAUAGUUUAACACUGAAAAUGGAGAAUGCAUGUUCCUCUGCAACAGGUGGUGUCUUCCUACAAGACUGUAUAUUGUCACAACCUGGGAGGCCAUAGUGUGAACAGCAUUUGAGAGUUAUAACCAUGAAUCUAUGGUCAGUGAAUUGGAACUGUUGUUGAGAGCUCUAAAUGUUUAAUUUGAAGAUUUUUUUUGCCAGUAUCAAGUAUUUUAAUUGUGUUCUUGUGUUCAAGAAUGAAUAAAUUCCACAGCCCUUAAUGAUACCAUAUCCAAAGCAUAGGAUAUGUUUUUUUUUUCUUAUACAAGAUUUAACUGUCUCAUAAUACAGGUGUAUUUAAUGUGUAUUGAAUGAAUUAAUAUUAAUAUGCUUAAUUUAGUUUUAAAAUAUUGGUUUGAUGAGAGAUUUAUACAUAUACCUGGAUGCCUGAAUAAAAAAAAAUGCUCUUGGCUCUUUGGCUGAUGAAUUGUUUUUCUGUAUUUUCAAGAGCAGCUGUGAGGUAAAUUGGUGGUUAGAGCUGUCAGUUGUAUUAGAUAUUUAGUAUUAGCGGUUAUUAUAAGAUUCUCUGCGCUCUCUUUCCUCCCUUUUUUGUUAUGUUUGCAGUAGAAGUGUACACUUUGAAUGAUUUGUUACAGAUUCUGUUUCAGUUAGCAAACUGUAUGGUAAAGAGAGAGUGGCUUGAAUUUACCAGUGCAGAUUCAUAUGUGUGAAAGAGACGUUUUAUUGUGUGGUUGGAAAUGUGGUGUACAAUGAUGGAUUGUGGUUCCAGCAAAAUAUAAUGACGCUGAGAGGUUUGCGAGGAUGGAGACAGAAACAGAAAGGUUGUCGUGUUGCUAACACCUUAAUUACACCAGGCAGUUUCUCUUCCUUUUAGGUGGACAGAAUCGAGUUGGGGGAGAGUCCUGCUCCACACUAACCAUGGUGUAUCAUAGGUCGGACAGCGGAGGUUCGAGCUCUGCCAGCUCUGCUGCCAGAAGGCACUCCGAGUCCUCGCGGGGGUCAGCUCGAGAUGAGGAACGCCCCAAAUCUAGAGACGACAGAGAAGACUCCAAAUACAGUAGCGAUUAUUUGAGAGGUAGCUCAAGAUAUAAGGAUGGGAGGUACUCUGAAGGUUCCAGAUCCAGAAAUGGCAAAGAUGACGGAAAGUACAGUGAUAGUUCAAGAUACUCUAAAGAUUCAAGAUCUGGAGAUGGACGGGAAGAAGGGAAGUACUAUGACAGGUCCAGGGAUGGACGUGAUGAAGGUUCCAGGUACAGGGAAGGAAAGGAUGAUGGGAGAUAUUCAGAGAGCAGUUCAAGAUAUAGUGACACUGGGAGAUACCAGGAAGGUUCGAGACACUCUGAUAACCGUUAUUCUGAGGGAUCAAGAUACAGCUCUGGAGGAUCAAGAUUCAGCAGUAGUGGAGGAAAUGGAGACAGCUGGCACUCAGAGUCGUCACGUUAUCGAGAUGAUAGUGGUAGAUAUUAUGGCGGGGGAAGCUCCAGAUAUCGUGGGGAAGAUGGUAGUGGAUACAGUGAAAGGGAGGGUUCUCAUUAUGGGAAGGAAGAUACAGUGACAGAUGACUUGGCAGCAAAUACUACAGCAAAUUCUGAUCAGGAAAAACUCACAAAUGUGUUCCAGAAUGAUGGUAGUUUUUUGGAGAUGUUUAAGAAAAUGCAAGAGGCUAAUAACAAAACAAAUCCUGAAACAGUUGAAACCCCUGCCUCAGAAACAAGUACUCCUGAAACAAGUACAAGUGUUAAGCAGGAAGAAGCACCUCGACAAGUGUCAGCUGUUCCCAGACGGGGAGUGGCUCCUGGUAUUGUAGGUAAGCGACGAGGUGGGCGAGUUCUUCCAACAGGGAUGGUGAAGAAACAGAAGCGAGAAGAAGAGGAGGAGGAAACACCAAAGGAUGCUUGGUCUUUGUAUAUGGCAGAAGUCCGCAAAUACAAAGAGGCAUCAUGUGAAGAGGAAGGAAAGACACGCCCACUUGUCAAGUAAAAUGACCUGCGGUAAUAACUG